GUGCUGCUGCUGAACUCCGCUGAGUCGAGAUGACACCAGUGUUCUCGGCAGUCCCGCUGCUGGCGGUUGUGCUGAUGAUGGUACGACUGUCCGUCGCUGUGGCCGCCUACCCCCAGUACUCCAAGAGCCACUACUCUCGCUCGCUCUGGACUCCUCUACCUCUCAACUACUACUACCCUCCACGAUCCACAAGGCCGAUCUACUACCCAGACUCUGACUACUACUAUCCCCAAGAGCCUCCCAGCUACUACCCGAUCUACCAGUCCGUCAUGCCUAACUACUAUCUGGACCAGCAGAGGCCCUACUACUACGGAUACGAUGAUGUUACAGAUCCAGUAGAAGACGUUCCAGAGGAAGUUGAUAUGGAGGAAGGAAGCGAAAGAGGAGAAGCUGCUCCUUAUGGCCAGGAGAUGUGGUACCAGGACUCGAGACUACAGGAUAGCAAUGCUGACGUCAACGCUAGAUUCCUGCAGAACCUGAUCCUUGCACAGAUGUACAACGAUGCUAACCGAAGGUUCCCGGUAAGAGAAGAAGAAGAAAGUGACCGCUGGGUGUACGGAGAGCCGGUGAAGACGAGCAAGACAAAGACCAUCUCUAAGGAAGAUGAGGAUGUGAGAGAACUGAAGAGUCUUGUCCGAGGACCAGAGAGAGAAAAGAUUAUGGCUGGGACUGAACGAAUGGAGAGAUCUGACAAGAAGAGAAAGAACAGGAAGGAGGAGAACAUCUUUGCCGCUCAGUCCAAGGCCAACGACUGGAGUGAAUUCAGAUCCAGUCAAUACAAGAGGAACAACAACGACAUUAAGUUCUCCAGUCGCAAGUCCAAGACGUCGACCACCGCAGCUCCUCCAGAGGCGACCCCAGCGCCAAUGCGAGGUCAGAAGGAGGUCGUCCUGCCUCGACCAGCCAACCCAGCCCGAGCUCCGGACUUUCAGAAGUUUGUGAACGUUAGGAGUGAGCCACGACGACACGAGCCUUCGGUCUACGACACCAUCAAGAGGUUGCUGCACAUGGAGGACAAACUGGAUGAGGCCGAGCCCGAGAGCCGACUGAAGAAGAGGUCCUACAUCCCAAGCGAGGAGUCCCUAGUGGCUCAACUAGGAGGCCUGAAGAAGAUGGCCUAAUUCUCUGGCGGAAGAAAACCAGAGGCCUAAACAUUGACAACGGCUUUAACUGACCCGCCCAACGAAUCACUGACGUACACUGAUCACAACUACACCUCACUAAGAGACAAUACAAACAUAAUUCCCCUGUAAGGCAAUAUUAGACUGCGACUCGAGCAGUUAGUGGAAAAUCUUCAGUCAAACCUAACCUAACAGAUUUCCAAGAUGGUCGUGCAUUGAUUGCGCAAAAAGUUCUUUAAUUGCGCCAAGCCCUCAAAGGGUCCAAAAAAAUCUUUCUUGGUUGCGCCAACCUCAAGCCAGGUAGGGGUGAGUUGCCGGCCGAAGGAAUGUUCUUGGUUGCGUGUCAUCCUAACCUACCCUAACCUAACCUACUAAAGUCAAAGAGAGCCGCCAUUUGGUGAAGUUAGCAACUCAGAUCAGUUUGCGCAAUUAAUGCCCGCCCUCCAAAACAAUUUACUAAAUUCAAAAAUUUCGAUUAAACUAAUUUAAAACUUAUUUAGAGCACUUUCAAAUUUUUAGAAAUUUUAGGCCUAGUUGCAUUAAAAAAAAUUGUAAGUAGAGGUUUAGGUUUGACUAUGUGAAUGAACUUUCAAAUUUGGCUGUGUAAUUAGUUUCUGAAGUGAAUUUAUGUUGUGAUAAUUUGUACCGCACAUGUAUGUUACUAGCCAACACAUCUGUGCUCUGUUUGCACUACAAAACUACCUGAAAGUCACUACUGUCAAAGUUCCACAUUAAAGCAGUCUUGUGAUAUUUUACUGACAAAGUUUGCUGUUUUACAAUAAUAAUAUGUGUGUUGUCCUUUAAGUAAUCUUUGAAGUUCGUUAACCAGUUCUUGAGGCAAGAUCAAACUAAUUUGUAUAUUGUUUUAUCAAGGCAAUGUUAAGUUGAAAUAUUAAUUUUGAACAAACUUGAUAAAUUUGAUAACUGAAUCUGGUUAAAUAUAUUUUUAAAUUGUAUGUACAUAAUUUAACCCAGUAUAAUAGUUUUUGUACAUAACAUUUUCAAUAUUGGCUUUGUUUAUUAAAAAAAAAACAUAUUCUUGGUUAAAAAAAAUUGACAUCAGUUCUUUUUGUAUACAAAUCUGUUAAUUUACAUAGAAAUAAAUGGUUGUAAUCGAUAUACUGAACUAGGAUGAUUUUCUAAAUAAGUAGUUUUGUAUAAAGAAACAGUGCGCUUCCACAUAAAAUAUAAUAAAAUAAAAAUAAUAAAAAUAUAUUUGUGAUUUGCCAUUUUUCGUCUCAGUUGCACAACAGCUCUAACUUCGGUCAAUUCUUGUUGGUAUCUAAUGUAUAUUAUAGUCAGUGUAUAUAUUUUUGUUCUUCAUUUUUUCAAUUAUUUAAACUGCCUUUUACACAGCUCUAGCCUAUGUGUUGAAGCUCGUGAUGAUUUGUGUAUAGAAUAGAUAAUGAUUAAUGAUAAUUAUUUUACACUGACCAGUUUUACUUAAUGUACAAAAUGUUCAAAACUACAAAAAUUACGAAAAUAAACUAAGUAUACUGAAAAGAUAAAUUUUUAUACAUUACGUAAUAUAUUGUCAUUUUGGAAUAUUAAAAUCAUGAAUUACCAACGAAUGAUCUAUAUUAGAAAAUUAGUUUCAAAUUGAGCUUGAAUUGAGCAUUUAGAUUACUACGACCAAUAUUCUAAUGUUAUACGAGAAUAUUUUCCACAACAGGAUGUACAUUAAAUAAUAAUUGGACUUUUGCAGGUUCUGAUUCACGAAAACCCGAAGAUUAAUUAAAUAAAUGUACAAGUUCGUGAAUCAACCCCUGUAUUUACUGACUGAUAGAUGCCCUCGAAUAUAGGAGAGAGAGAGAAUACACUCUGAUACAAAAAAACCCCUUUGGAAUUACCCGUGCAUAUUGUUUAGUUUAGAAUACGUUAAGAUAUUAUCGUUAUUAUGUGUGCUUCAGUAUUUUUAUUUCAAUAGUUCUAAAUUGUGACAUAGUACUCUUUAUGCAAAUUAAACAGUUCUAAAUAAGUAGCCAUUUUUAUCUGUGACAACUUAACGUAUCGUGGCCACGUUGAAAAUAUGUAAUAGAGCAUAUUUGUGGCAUACUUGCCAGAUUCAAAUCUAAAUAUAUUAAAAAUCACGUUUUGUUUUGCUAUUUAGUUAUUCAGCUUUUUGUUGCAUGUGGACAAAAAGUCUACGACACCCAAAAAUUCAGUGUUUUGUACAUGUUGGAUAUUAUGCAAAAACAAAUGUUAGCUCACGUUACACUAUUUGUUUCUGUGAAGUUAUUUAAGUGAUUCAGUGCAAAUAAAAGUUCAGUAAAAAGUAUAAAAUUAUGAGCUAGCAUUUGUUCACAAGGGUGGCCCUCUCUGGCAGUGUUUACGAUUACAAUUAUAGCCGGCUUCUGACUGAAAGAGAUGACAGUUUUACAAAUUCAACAAAAUUACCACUACUAAAAAAAUCUUUGAAUCUAUAGCAUGUAGAAAAUUUCACCGAAACUAAAACAAUGUUAAACAAAUUCAAAUUCAUUCAAAAAUCACUUUAAAAACGAUUUGGCUGGCUUUAAAUUUACUUGUGUCAUCGCAAACAUUAAAUAUUAGAACGCAAAAUGGCUCCUCUCCAGUCAGAAGUCCCCAUUAAGACUGGUAGAUUUCCUAUCGUUCGCUUUUCUAGGUUCCCUUUGCAAGGCUGGUAUUUCACAGUCAAUUGCUGAGUUUCUAAAGCUAUGGCCUAUUUCUUGCUCAACUCAUGCAUUUUGCUUUGCAAAAACCUUCGGAACCUCUCCUUUCGUAGACUAAAUCGACUAACAUUCCCUGUUGUUUAAUUUUCAAAUAUUCAUAUAAUUUGACAUGGUCGAAUAUUAUUUCGAUGAAUCCUAAUGGGUUUAGUUACUAAUAUUUGAACUUUUAAAAUAACUGUAGACAUUAUUUUCAUACUUUUUAUUGCACGGUGAUAAAAUAACCUAAAAUCGCAUAAUUCAAAAACUUACAGAUAAAUAUAUUUUACUUAGACCAAAAACUAAAACGUAGACUUACGAUUAUUUUCUCUACACAUCGCGCUAUCGCAUUUAUUUUUCUAGAUCCCUUUGCCUAGAUCGGGGCUAGCGCUUUGCACUAGACUUUACCUAUCUGAACAUAUCCUGUGCUUAUAUAUAAAUAUAUCGAUGUUACUUUUUAUAUGAAGUUGUUGUAUAUAAUAUUUACGUAUUAUAUUUUGAUAAUUAACAAAUAUAGAUUUGUAUAAAAAUAAACUAAUGUGUUGAACCCAGAUUGUAUCGUUGUACCAAUUUCGUUUAUAAACGAA